AUGGAAACCAUUAUUAAUACAAACAUCGAAAUAUCCGAACCAUCAUCAUCCUUCGAAUCGAUCACGAAGUUAAUCGCUAUGCACCGAAAGGCACUACGGAACGCCUCCAGGUGCCACAUUCCGUUUCGAGAUCAGGACGAGUUCAGUGCAAAAUUGACCACGAAAGUAGCAAACGUACCAGUUUCGUCGUCCGAGAGUGGCCUAACCUUUGUGCGGCAUAAUAUUUACACCAUCGAGGAACUUACCGAGGAUUCAGCUCUGUCGAUUUCCAGAGCUAAACGCUCGAAAUCUAGUGAGGAAGAACUGAUGGCAAGAUUGGAAAAAAUUAAACAAAUCACUACCGCAGCUCGGACUGUUCAGCGACCGGUAAGCCGAAGAAGUACCGAUAUUAGGCCUCCUACUGUCCCCGUGCCAGCUCGGUUGAUCUACCAGGAAGAAAUAUCGGCAAAAUUUGAAUUAAUGAACCGUUUCUUGAAGGAUCAACAAGAGGUCAAACAGGAUCCUAUUCCUAUCAGCAGCGACGAAUCCGUUAGACAGCGCUACCUAAGCUCGAGAAGCGCUUCCGAGAAAAAUCGAGUAAUUGGCAGUUUGUGCUGUAGUUGUAUAUCAAGACAAUAA